UUUGGAACAAAAAGAGAUCUAGAGACUAAAAGCCAUGGAGCAGCUAUUGCUUCUUUCUAAGAUCAUCAUCACAAUCGCCUUGCUUGGGUUGGUUACCACGCUUAUGAAGAUGUGUGAAGGUCUAAUAUUGAAGCCAAAAAGGCUUCGAGAAAUUCUGAGAAAACAGGGGAUCAGAGGCCCUCCACCCUCUUUUUUGCUUGGAAAUAUUGGUGACAUGAAGAAGAUGAAAUCCUCACCCUCAAAGGCUCAACAAAAAGGAGAGCAAGUAAUAACCCACAAUUGCUCUUCUGCAAUCUUUCCAUUCUUCGACGAAUGGAGAAAAUCAUAUGGUUCAACAUUUAUGUUCUCCCUUGGCAACAUACAAAUACUGCACAUGAACGAUCUUGAGGUGGUGAAGGAAAUAAGCAUAUGCACUUCCUUAGACUUUGGAAAGCCUUCGUAUCAAUCCAAAGAGCGUGGUCCUCUGCUUGGUCAAGGGAUCCUGACUUCAAAUGGAGCAACAUGGGCUCACCAGAGGAAGAUCCUUGCUCCUGAACUAUACAUGGACAAGGUUAAGGGCAUGAUGAAGAUAAUGGUAGAUUCCUCGAUGGCAUUGGUGAACUCAUGGAGGAUAGAAAGUGAGGGCGGGGUUGCAGAUGUACACAUUGAUGAAUAUAUGAGAAGCUUUUCCGGGGAUGUAAUUUCAAGAGCCUGUUUUGGGAGCAACUAUUCCGAAGGGGAGGAGAUAUUUUUAAAGCUUAGAGCACUUCAAGAGCAUAUGUCUAACAAGAUUUUAUCCAAUGGCAUUCCUGGAAUGAGACAUUUUCCAACAAAGAGUAAUAGAGAAACAUGGAAGCUGGAAAAAGAUGUUCGCGCUUUGAUUCUCGACGUAGCGAAGGAAAGAAAGGAAGCAACAUCAGGGAAUUAUGAUUUGUUACAUAUGAUUCUUGAAGCUGCCACCAGCAGUGGAUUUUCCAAAGAAGAGACAGAAAGAUUCAUUGUAGACAAUUGCAAGAACAUAUAUUUAGCUGGGUACGAGACUACUGCUGUCUCUGCAACGUGGACACUGAUGUUGUUGGCCUCAAAUCCUGAAUGGCAAGCCAGAGUUCGUGCUGAGGUGCUCCAAGUUUGCGGAGGUCAAAUGCCUAAUGUUGACACGGUUCGCAAGAUGAAAAUAUUGACAAUGGUAAUUCAUGAAUCAUUGAGACUUUACCCUCCGGUGCCAAUAGUGUCGAGGGAGGCAAUGAAAGACAUGAAAUUCGGAGAUAUUCAGGUGCCUAAAGGUGUCAAUGUUUGGAUCUUGUUGGUAACCUUGCACCAAGACCCUGAUAUUUGGGGACCUGAAGCCAAGGAGUUUAACCCUGAGAGGUUUGCCAAUGGGGUUAGUGGUGCAUGCAAGCUUCCUUAUGUCUACAUGCCUUUUGGAGUUGGUCCGCGUACGUGUUUGGGGCAGAACUUUGCCAUGGUAGAGCUCAAAAUUCUUUUAGCUUUAAUUGUCUCCAACUUCUCAUUCUCCUUGUCACCAAAAUAUAGGCAUUCCCCGGCAAUGAGGUUGGUUAUAGAGCCUGAAAAUGGUGUCAAUCUCCUUAUUAAGAAGUUGUGAGCUAUAAGCUGACCAGUUGAUGGUUGGUUAUUAGCACAAUUACCAUAUUUAUU